UCGCUUCUGCUCCCCCCCCAAAACCCUAUGCAGAGGAGGACGAAGUGAGCCCCGGCCACCGCCCGCCGCCGCCGCCGCCAUGGCGCUCCGCCGCAUCAACCUCCGGAAGAAGCCGCUCCUCCUCUUCCCGCGGCCCUUCUCCUCGUCCUCCUCACCCAACCCUCCCUUCCCUCCUCCCCCGCCACCGCCCAACGACCGCGACGACGCCUCACCAAAGCCCAGCGAGGGGGAGGGGCGCAACCCGGCGGCCUCGCUCUUCCAGGACUUGCGCGACCGGCUCAUGUCCACCCCCUCGCAUCUGCCGUCGCGCCGGAUCCCGACCGCUCCGCCGCCCCGCCCCUCGGGGAACGCCGAGCCGGUGGCCUCUAUCGACGACAUCCGCCGCCAGCUCGAGUCCUACCGCGGAUCCCUCGCCGCGAGGGGCGCCCCUCCUGGCUCCUCCCCCGACGGCGCCGCCCCCUCCUUGCUCGACCUGGUGAGGAGCACCUCGUCCCCGACCUCACCUCAGGGCCCCAACUCCGGGCACUUCUCAUCCCUCGCCGAGAGCUUGCGCAAUCUCCCCUCUGGACGGCAGCCGCAACAGCGGAGGCAGCCUCGUUCGACAACCCCGUUUUUGUCCCCCACUGCGCAUCCCAUCUUCGGGAGGGAGCUCGGGGAGAACGCGAGAAAGGCGGAGGGGAAAGAGGAGAAUUCUGCCAUUGAGCUUAAGAAGGAAUACAGCUACGCAGAGCUCGGGAAGAAGCUCGGCCAACUGCGACCGUCCGGCGCAGGGAACGAUGGAAAGGAGUGGUUCUCGCUUGAGGAGCUGCAGGGACGGAUCGCCAAGCUCGCAAAUUUGGACAUUGCUGAUGACAUGCGGUUAGGCGGGCAGUAUGUGGCACUCCGGAAGAGCCUCCUGGGAAUCCAAGCCGAUCAGAAAACAAAGGAUGAUAUUAAGAAGACAAGAUCCAUGCAGGGAUUGUCAUUUUUGGCGAACAUUGGUGGGCCGGCAACGCCGCAAUACUUGCAGCAUCCUCCACAGGAGGAGUUGCUAGAGAGGUAUUUCCAUCCAGACCACAUGUCGUCGGAAGAGAAGAUGAAGUUAGAGCUCCAGAGGGUGAGGGACGAGUUUAAGAUGUCUGAAAAUGACUGUGGCUCUGCGCGAGUUCAAAUUGCCCAAUUGACCGUGAAAAUCAAGCAUCUGUCAACUGUUCUACACAAAAAGGAUAAACAUUCGAGAAAGGGGCUUCAGGAUAUGGUCCAAAGGAGGAAGAAGUACCUCAAGUACCUGCGUAGAACUGACUGGGAUUCAUAUUGUCUUGUCCUGUCGAAGCUGGGUCUUCGUGAUGUACCGGAGUACAAAGCUCCUGAUUACAAGAACAAAUCCACCAGUAAAGCCAAAUCUAAGAAGAGCAAGAGCAAGAAAAGAAAGAUGAAAGCAUAAAUCUGUAACCAAGAUCGUCUUCACCUCUCCCUCCCUGCGGCCUUGAACUGCAUGGCCAGCAAGGUUGAUGAUCGAAAAUACAGACGCUCUGCUCGAAAUGGGUUUGAUCCAUUCUCUCAGUGUUGCUCGAAAUGGGUUCGAUCCAGUCUCUCAGUGCUGUAUCUUUUGUAGUAAUAACAACGGAUUGUUAAUCCCCUUCUCAUUUUCCUUUUUGGUAGCAAUGUUUCUUAUUUUUCAUGAGAAGGUGCAGCCAUCCUGUAACAGCUACAUGUGUUUUUUUUAUAGAGUUGAGUUCUCCCAUUCUACUUCCUGGGAGAACGGGAUUGAUCAUUGAUGAAUACUAAUAACUUCUCUUAUUCACUGUGUC